AUGAGCUCGCCGUCCCUCAACAAGAUCGCGGCCAACAGCCCGAGUCGCCAGAACCCCUCGGAGUUGGAGCAGGCCAUUGCCGGCGCUCUGUACGAUCUCGAGACCAACACUGCCGACCUCAAGGCCGCCCUCCGGCCUCUGCAGUUCGUCUCGGCCCGUGAGAUCGAAGUUGGCCACGGCAAGAAGGCAAUUGUCAUCUUUGUCCCCGUCCCUUCGCUGCAGGGCUUCCACCGGGUCCAGCAGCGCCUGACCCGUGAGCUGGAGAAGAAGUUCUCGGACCGCCACGUCCUGAUCCUGGCCUCGCGCCGCAUUCUUCCCCGCCCCAAGCGCUCCAGCCGCUCGCGCAACACGCUCAAGCAGAAGCGUCCGCGCUCGCGCACCCUCACCGCUGUGCAUGAUGCCAUCCUGACCGACCUCGUCUACCCCGUCGAGAUUGUCGGCAAGCGCCUCCGCACCAAGGAGGACGGCUCCAAGACCCUCAAGGUCAUCCUCGACGAGAAGGAGCGUGGCGGCGUCGACUACAGGUUGGACACCUACUCGGAGGUCUACAGGCGCCUCACCGGCCGUGGCGUCGUCUUCGAGUUCCCUCAGACCACCGCCGCCGACUACUAGGCGGGAGUAACAAGGGCUUGUUUUUGUGGGCUGGCGCACCGAGGGUCAGAUUUGGGUUUGGUAUUCGGGUUCGGGUCUGAUGCGCGACGCAUUCAGUGGGCAUCCAAAAGGGACGGCGUUCAGUAGCUUGUUUUUAAUGCAAGCUUGAUCUUCCACCAGCACCCCGUCCCCACAAUACAAGCUGCUUCUCUGCC